AUGUCAAACGACUCAUCAGAACUUGAGAAAGGAGAUGACCCACCACCACCCACCAUCAUCACAUUCGAAGAAAACGAUCCCGAAAACCCUUACAACUGGUCCAAACGCAAAAAAGCCUUUACCGUUUUCCUCGCCUCCACCGUAAUCCUCAACUCAACCCUCUCCAGUUCCCUCCCCAGCCUCGCCUCCCCCCAACUCCACUCCCACUUCCACGUCCAAACCGCCCUCCAACUCGUCCUCCCCAACUCAAUCUUCCUCGUCGGCUACAUCUUCGGCCCCAUGCUGUGGGCCCCUCUGAGCGAAAAUUACGGUCGUAGAUCUAUAAUCCUUGGCACCUACCUCUCCUACACAAUCUGGGUGCUCGCCUGCGCCCUCGCGCCGACCUGGCCCGGAUUUUUGGUUUUCAGAUUUUUGACGGGGUUUUUUGGGUCGACGCCGAUAUCUUUGACCGGGGGGUUGUUUGCUGAUAUUCUGGAAAGCCCGGUUUGGAGGGGGAGGUCGAUUGCUUGGUUUAUGGCUUUGGCGAGUUUUGGGCCGGCGCUGGCGCCGAUCCCGUCGGGGUAUUUGGCGGAAAGGUAUUCUUGGAGGUGGCCGUUUUGGUUGGGGGUGGUUUUGGCGGGGGUUUGUGCUGUGCCGCUUGUGUUUUUGCCCGAGACGUUUGGGCCCAGGAUUCUGUUGUUGAAGGCUAGGAGGAUUAGGAAAGAGAAGGAGGGAGGGAAUGUUUUUGCGGAAUUGGAAAUUCAAAAGACUUCGACGAAACAGCUUUUCACGCAGGUUCUUGGGCGACCGUUGAGGAUGGUGCUCACUGAACCGAUUGUGAGUGCUUGUGGUCUUUAUUUAUCGUUGAUUUACGCUAUUCAGUUCAUGUUAUUCCAGUCGUAUAGCGUUAUCUUCCCACCGGUAUACGGUUUUGGGCCGGGUGAAACUGGCUUGGCUUUUUUGGCGAUUGCUCUUGGGAAUCUGCCUAUCGCGCUGGUGUUUGUACUUUGGUGGGAUGGAUAUUUGCGUCGAGCCAAAGCUGGCGGAAAGGAGUGGGCAUUCAAAGAGGAGUAUCAGAGAUUGCCCUUGGCGAUACUUGGGGGGCCACUUUUCGCUGCAGGACUUUUUUGGAUUGGAUGGGGUGCUAGGAAAGAUGUGCAUUGGAUCGUACCCAUCUUGGGAGGUCUGCCUUUGGGGAUUGGAUUCGUGCUGAUUUUUGUGGCGCUGGCGAAUUAUAUUGUUGAUUCGUAUACGACGCUCUCGGCGAGUGCUCUUGGAGGCAUGAGUAUGGCGAGAAGCACUUUUGGAGUGGUCUUGCCUUUUGCAGCGAGACCUAUGUACGAGACACUUGGGGUGGCGUGGGCUUGCUCUUUGCUUGGGUUCUUGGGGUUUGCGUGCUGCCUGAUCCCGUUUGUGUUUAUCAAGUAUGGACCGGCGUUGAGAGCGAGGAGCAAGAUUUGUCAGGAGAUUGCGAAGCAGAAGGCUAUCAAGUUACAUUCUGCGCCGCCGGGCGAUGAGGAGGCUGGGCAGGCUGGAGUCAAGGAAGAGGAGACUCUUGUGCUUAGAAACGCGUAG